GGGGCCGCGCGCGCGGAGCGGCGGCGGGGGGGAGGGGCGGCGUUGUCGGCGGCGGCGGCGUCGCGUCAGGCCUGGAUGUCUCGGGGCGGGUCGGGCCCCGGCUGGGGCUGGUGGCCUCCGUCGCGGCGGCGGCCGGGCAGGCGGCGGCGGCCCGCUGCGGAAGGGGAUGGCGCCGACGGGGGCCGGACCUGGGCGCUGCCGGCAUUGGCGGGCUUGGCGGUGGCGGCCUCGCUGUCGCUGCUCGUCCUCCUGCUGGGCCUCUCCGGGGCGGCGCUGGCCGUGGCGGCGGGGGGAGGAGCCUGGGCGGCGGCGGCGGCCAGCGUGGGGAAAAGCAGGAAGCCGCCGCUGCUGGCGCGGUCCGCCCCCGUCGCAGCCCCCUGGUGUAAAGCCGGCGCCUUGGCUAAUGGAGGCCCCGCUGUGAGCUGCAGCCCGGCCGAACGGAGGCGGCUCUACGGGGAUCCCCUAACUCCACCCACUCACUUUGCGCUGCGCCGGCGCUACCCAAUCAAGAAGGCCCAGUAUGCCUCCUUUGGGACUCUGCCUUCCAUUUGCUGGGACAGUUAUCGGCGGAAAACCACGCUGUCUACGCACAACUCCUGCAUGAUCCAGAGCCCGGUGACGGUGAAGAUUGCUCGACCGGACAGCAGCAUUGGCCGGUCCCCGCUGUUGGAACAGCUGGCUUCUCCUUUGGCUUUCUCUCCAACGCCCAACAGCACCUUAGACCCCUGUGCAAAGGAGACUGUGCUGAGUGCUCUUAAGGAGAGUAGGAAGAGGAACGUGGAAGAUGACGACCAAAGUUUUCCAAGUGGCCAAGAAAACAAGAGACGGCGCCAUGACAGCAGUGGAAGCGGACAGUCUGCUUUUGAGCCCCUCGUUGCCAAUGGAACCCUGGCGUCUCUGGUACCCAAGCCCGGUUCUCUGAAGCGGAGCCUCAUCUCCCAAUGUUUGGACAACUGCUCCUCCAAGAGGUCACGCACAUCCUCCCUCAGUUCCGUGAACAGCCUGUAUGUGGGCGGAAUCCCCAGUUCCAUCCGCAACGCCAUCGCCAGCUCCUACAGCUCCACCCGGGGCAUCUCUCAGUUGUGGAAGAGAAGCGGCCCAAGUACCUCUCCUCUCUCCAGUCCAGCCUCCUCCCGCUCGCAGACUCCCGAAAGGCCUAACAAAAAAGCAAGGCAUCCCGACUCCAGCCUCACAGAGGCAGAGUCGCACCAAUCCAGCACAUCAACCCCCGUGAAGGCCAGCACAGAGAGGCAGGCAGAGAAACGUGCAGAAACACCUGUGCAGAACAGACACACCUCUCUAGGUUUGCAGUCCUCAUCGGGCAGCAACGGCAAACGCAAGCGCAAGAUCCAACUGCUCUCUGCUCAGCGUGGAGAUAAUUUCACCUUGCCUCCUCCACCUCAGGUGGGCUAUGCUGUCACCUCUGAGGACUUGGAUGCAGAAAAAAAGGCAACCUUGCAGUGGUUCAACAAGGCCUUGGAGGACAAAUCCGAUUCUACCCCAAGUACAUCUGCAGAAAUUGCCUCCCCACCCAGUACCUUGUCCUCGCUAAUCCCUGCCCCUGUGCCAUUGACCAGCAUGGGUGCAGGGACCAAUCCGCUGUUGGAGAGCCUGAAGAAGAUGCAAGAAGGACAUGGCGGUGUGGUGCAGGCAGAUUCAGCUUCUGCCGCGCAGACUCCUGAAACAGCAGCCCCCGUUCCCCUGGAUCUGGGCUCACCUGUAUCUGUGACCUCACCGGAGGUCAAGCCCUCAGUUACGCUGAGUGUACCUCCAUCCUUGGCUCCGCCUUCCUCCGCUGCUGCCCAGCCUGCCAGUAGUUUGAUAACGACUUCCUGUGAAUUGGGCCAAACCCCGUCAAGGCCCUCCUCGGCCCCAAAGCCAAGCAUCCUCUUUGGAAUCCUCACCAGCCCUCCUGCCAGCCAACCCACCACCACAGCAGCAGCAGCGUCUUCUGCUUCCAACACAACACCUGUAUUCAAACCGAUCUUUGGCAACGUGACGAAAAUAGAGAGCGCCGGUUUCUCGUCAGGCAGCACCUCCGCAACCGUUACGUCGUCUCCAGGAACUGCGCCCUCCUCUGCACCUCCUCCGGUUUCCCUCAGCAGCAGCACGUUCAAGCCCAUCUUUGGCAGCGUGCUGCCACUGGCCACUGCUGCCCCAACCACCACCACGGCAUCUUUCUUUGGAUUCAAGAGCACCCCUCAGCCGGCCCCCGGUCUCUCCACCACCUCAAGCGCGUUGUCUGGGUUUCCAGUUCUCUCCGAGUCUGUUGUGACCACAGCGAUGUCUCCCUUGGCCCCAGUAAGCGUGACGACAGUCUCAACAAGCGCACCGGUGUUCAGCUUUGGCCUUGGCAUGCCAGCUUCCACGUCUGCACCCAGCAGCACCACGACUGUUACCACCGCGUCAUCCCAGCCCUUCAUGUUUGGGGUCCCCUCCAGUGGCGCUGCAGCUUCCAGCGCAGCUGCAGCACCCCUUUUCCUGUUUGGGAAGCCGUCUACCACCGCUGGCCCCAGCAACCCUUUGGCCAGCUCUGCCUUCAGCCAGGCACCCGCCAGCACCGCCGAGUCUGUUCUUAGCAGCAGCACCACGGCUGCGGGGGGCUUCAAUAUCUUCAGCAGCGGGGGCAGCAGCGCCGCAACCACUCAGGCGCCUUCUGCCGCACCACCUUCAACGCAGCCUACACUGACGUUUGGGUCCGGCCCUUCUCCUUUCAGCGGGGCCUUUGCCACCCCUUCAAAACCACCCCCUCCAUACCCGGGGGAUGCCAACCAGCUGACUUUUGAGCCUGGUGUGCCCGACGGGCAGCAGCAGCAGCUCAGCACCAAGCCGCCGGCAGCAGCCAGCCCCGUGAGCUUCGGGACCCCUUUCAGCUUCUCCGGCUCGGUUGCUCAACCUGCCGCGCAGCCGGCGUUUGGCAGCGCCACGCAGACGACCUUUGGCGGGACUGGGCCUCUAGCAUCCUUCGGCACCAAAAGUACUGCCCAGCCGGCAUUUGGAGCCACGACCUCCAUCUUCUCCUUUGGGACAGCCACCACAUCAGCUACAGCGGGUUUUGGAUCCAGCACCCAGACUACGAACAGCAGCACGGGGGGCUCAGUGUUUGGUAGCGCCACCGCAUCUCCAUUCACAUUCGGGGCGACCAACGCGCCCACAGCAGCAGGUGGCACCUUUGGGAUUGGCGCUCCAGUGGCUGCAGGCUCCAGCACCCCCAUGGUCGGCUUCAGUUUCGGUGGACAGAGUGGGGGUGCCACGCCCUUUGCCUCUUCCAUGGCACAAAUCCCGCUGGGUGCCCAGAACCAGAAUGCACCCUUUGCUUUCAACAUCCCCGGCACUCCAGAGAACAAGCCAGCAUUUGGAGGGGCUCCUGCCCCUGCUUUUGGCCAGGGCUCUGCUGCACCAGGAGGAACAACUGGGGGCAGCAGCCUUUCUUUUGGGACCCCCAUCGCCCCCACCUUUGGAGGAUCAGGGCCGACAUUUGGGCCAACAACACUCGGAUUCUCCAUCGGGGCAGGGUCCAAACAGGUGAGCCGGCAACGGUUGCAGGCCCGACGGCAGCAUACUCGUAAGAAGUAGCCAGGAGCUUCUCGCUUGGACUUCAGCUUCUGGUUUCACUCACUGAGAGGUCCUGGCUGGGCGUACGAAUCGAGAGAGGCAUCUCCUGGCCCUCUUUCCUUGGUGGGGCCUGCUCAGCGCUCUCGUUCUGUGAAAUCCACAGGAAAUUACUUUGGAUUGCCGCAGGGUUUUUUUGUUUUGUUUUUUACCCCCUCAAGUGGGACGGGGGAAACCACGCUCUUUUUACUUGAACAAUCCGUGGCUGAGUCUGGAUGACAUUUUGUAUUUAUCUGCUAUCUUCUCUCCCCCGUGUGGACGGUCUCCCUCGGGCGUCUGCCUCCCCCAAGCUCUUGCCUUCUCUAACCUCAGCUCUGACACUCAAGCUUGGCUGUCGCAUGAGGGUGGUGUGCAAAAGGAGAGACACGUUUUGGUUGCAGCCAACUCUUCUAUUCCUCUCCCUCCUCCAUCUCCGGUAUUUUAAAAUUCCUGAUAUGGUCCUUGCACAAGCCAGUUCUUAGAAGCCCUUCCCUCGGAUGCUGUCAUGCAUCUCCAGACUCAACUCAUCUCCAAAGUGAACCCUCUCUAGCCUGUGGAUCGUCUUCUCCCACAAUCUAGGCAAGGAGAGGCAGCCACCCUGUCAAGGUUUUGUGGCUUCAUAAGGGGGCUCUCAGUUGAAACACUAAUCACACUUAGUGGUGGCUGCGGGACCGGUCCGAAGUCCCAGUGACGGAUUUUCUGGAGCGAGGGAGCACAAGAGUGAAGCCGCCCCCCCCCCCAAUCCUCUGUGCUGCUUGCAUGAGCCAGCAACGAGGGGGCGGGGGGGUCUCGUGCUGCUCAGCUGAAGUUCCUUGUUCUCUUCUCUCCCCUUCCCAAAUUCUCUGUGUUUGUUCACUGUAUGUUUGUGCUCGAAUUCUUUUUUCUUUUUUUAAAAAAUAAUUUGCUCUGUGAAUCGAGUUUGGAGGAAGAACUUAAUCGUAUGUAUGGCGGCAUGUUGAUAAUGCCGGACUUGCUGUAAACAUUUUUGGGGGUUGCCUGUCUCCAGCGGAGACGAGCCCCGCCUAAUUGGGUGUGGACGGUAGCGUCACUGUGUGGCUACAAGAGUUGAAUGAACUUGAUCGUGAAGCAUCGUGCUGUUUGGAAGGCUGGCGGUGGGAGGGGGCGGGGCCAUCUCGCAGACCUCUCGGUGAUUCCUGAGCCCUCUCAGAUGUCGGGAGCCUUUCUCUCCCAUUCACUGAGAGGGGCGCAGCUUCGGUUGCGGAAGGGCUUUUCCAAGCACCCCAGUGGAAGAGAAAUCACCGCAAAAGAAUUUAUCUAACGCUUGGCCUAAGCCAAAAUGCACACCUCUCUCCCUGUUGGAUUUCCUCCUGCAUUUGCAGGUGUGCUAAAGGAGAGACUCAAGCAGAAUUUCUCCCUCCCAGGAAAGGGGAUUGCUAUAAGAUCUCCCACCUCCUCCUCCCUGGCCUUGAAGUGCAAAUCCAGCCGCCGGCUCUUUUUAAUACAUUGGAGACAACAGUGUGAAUGUGUGCGUGCGCCUGCCUAACUCUAAAUUAAAAAAAAAUAUUUAAACAUUUUUUAACAAAAUAAAACUUUAUUUUUAUAUUUAAGCUAAAUUGCCUUCGAAUUCCUUCAAGCUUGGUUCAUAGAGGCGUGAAAGUACAAAGCUGUUUGUUAGGAAUUGGCCUGCGCAGUUGGGGAAAGGGGGCUGGGGGAGGGGGCAGGUGUGCCUGUUCGCUCGCUGCCUCCUCGCCCCGGCCAACGUUUCGUAUGUUUCUGUGUUUAGAAUGUGGACGUGGCUAAGUUGUGUGUUUUUUUUUUUAAUGCUUCGAGAACUAUUGCACGUUUAGAUGGUAUUGUGGGGGGUGUUCUGUCUGGGCCAACAAGCAUCUCUUGAGUAUGGGUGGGAGAGAUCGGACAGGCUGCCAGAUGCAUCGUAAGGAAUGCGCAUGCCUUGCAAAGGAGCUGGCCCUGUUUGCGGUGCCAGCAGCUCAGACGCUGCGUUUAGGAUACCAAAACCGGUGUCUCACUGUGGGAAUAGUUGUGUCUUCACAGAUCCCGUUAUCGUGGCUGAGGUUUUGUUCUUAACUGGGGCUAGUCUAUCUGCAUACCAACCUUACCAUCUUGUAGGGUAUGUUAGUAUGUGGGGGGUAACCACUGCAUCUGUCACUGCGGAGUUAAUUUGACUAGGUCUCUCCCCCAAUCUGACAGAGGAGAUUAAAUUCUCGUCUCCUGCCCUGUGCAGCCACAGGGAGAGCGAUUCGCAGUUAGUUGUCCACCUGGCUAGAGAAGCAGCGAGCUUUCUCCAGGCUGUGUCCUUUGGUUGCGGAAGAGCUUCUGCGGAGCACCCUGUUGCUGGGAGAUGCUGUGUGAGUGGGGAGCAGUAUGUGAAUAUGGGAAGAAUGGGUCUGACCUUUUUAAAAGAUGUUGCAAUGAAUACUUGGAUCAUUCCUGUUGAGGGUUUUAGUGUGAAUGUGCAAUUUUUUCCCCCUUGCUUACGUUGAUUUAAAAUAAAAACAAAACUGCUUGAA